ACACACUUGAAUAAUUCCUCUGCUUGAGCUGGAUUGGUGGGAAUUUAGGAGGCAGUGUGUGCAAAGCAGAAGCCUUUGGAGCUCUCUCUGCUAAUCUGGAUGGAUCUAAAAGUGUCACAUUCAAGCCCUUUCCCUCUGCAGCUUUUGCUUUUCAGAUUUCCCCAUUCACUUUAAUUAGCUGCUAGGAAAGUCUAAACUUUUGGACCUACCUCGUCUUGGUUUUGGGUACUUUUUUGGGGUCACUCCGGGAUUGGUGUCUCAAGCCAUCUGGAUUGCUUUUAAUAUGUCAAAAUGGGUCUGCUGAUGCCACUCCUGCUCUUUGGAUUUGGAUAUUUUCAAGUUUAUGGAUCCCGUCUUCGCCAGGAGGACUUUCCACCGCGGAUAGUUGAACAUCCUUCAGAUGUGAUAGUCUCUAAGGGAGAGCCAACAACCCUGAACUGUAAGGCCGAGGGAAGGCCAACUCCUACUAUUGAAUGGUACAAGGAUGGAGAGCGAGUGGAGACUGACAAAGAUGACCCCCGCUCCCAUCGUAUGCUGCUCCCCAGCGGAUCUUUAUUUUUCUUACGCAUUGUACAUGGACGCAGGAGCAAGCCUGAUGAAGGAAGUUAUGUUUGUGUUGCAAGGAACUAUCUUGGUGAAGCUGUGAGUCGCAAUGCAUCUCUGGAAGUCGCAUUGCUACGAGAUGACUUUCGCCAAAACCCUACCGAUAUUGUUGUGGCAGCUGGAGAACCUGCUAUUCUGGAGUGCCAGCCUCCUCGAGGACAUCCUGAACCCACAAUCUAUUGGAAGAAAGAUAAAAUCCGCAUUGACGAUAGGGAGGAGAGGAUCAGUAUACGAGGUGGGAAACUGAUGAUCUCAAACACGAGGAAAAGUGACGCUGGCAUGUACACUUGUGUCGGCACCAACAUGGUGGGGGAACGAGACAGCGACCCAGCAGAGCUGACAGUCUUUGAACGACCCACGUUUUUAAGGAGACCAAUUAACCAAGUGGUUCUGGAGGAAGAGGCAGUAGAAUUCCGAUGUCAGGUCCAGGGGGAUCCCCAGCCAACAGUCCGGUGGAAGAAGGAUGAUGUGGAUUUGCCAAGAGGAAGAGCUCCCAUUGGUCUCAUUGGAAGGGAAACCAGCAGAAGCAGCCAUAUUCAACAACCAAGCAUUCCUCCUUACCUGAUCAAGCACAAACAAAAAGCAGUGUUUAUAUUUCCAGCAAGAUAUGACAUCAAAGAUGAUUACACCUUGCGCAUUAAAAAGGCCAUGAGCACAGAUGAGGGAACCUAUACAUGCAUUGCUGAGAAUCGAGUUGGAAAAGUGGAAGCAUCUGCUACUCUCACAGUUCGAGCUCGCCCUGUUGCUCCCCCACAGUUUGUGAUAAGACCACGAGACCAAAUUGUAGCUCAGGGUCGAACAGUGACCUUUCCCUGUGAAACUAAAGGAAAUCCCCAGCCUGCUGUUUUUUGGCAAAAGGAAGGCAGCCAGAAUCUACUCUUUCCAAACCAGCCUCUCCAACCCAAUAGUAGGUAUUCAGUAUCACCAACAGGCGACCUCACUAUUACCAACAUUCAGCGAUCUGAUGCGGGCUACUACAUCUGUCAGGCACUGACGGUUGCUGGGAGCAUUUUAGCAAAGGCUCAGCUGGAAGUUACUGAUGUUUUGACAGAUAGGCCUCCACCCAUCAUUUUACAAGGUCCAGCCAAUCAGACAUUGGCAGUAGAUGGGACAGCUUUGCUGAAGUGUAAAGCUACUGGCGACCCUCUUCCUGUUAUUAGCUGGUUAAAGGAAGGAUUCACAUUCCUGGGAAGAGAUCCUAGAAUAUCAAUACAGGAGCAGGGGACUUUGCAGAUUAAAACUCUCCGGAUAUCCGACACUGGGACUUACACGUGCGUGGCCACAAGUUCAAGUGGGGAGACAUCUUGGAGCGCUGUGCUAGAGGUGACAGAGGUUGGUGGAGCAACAGUCAGUAAAAAUUAUGAUUUGAAUGACCUUCCUGGGCCACCAUCCAAACCCCAGGUCACUGAUGUUACUAAAAACAGUGUCACCUUGUCCUGGCAGCCAGGCACCUCUGGAAGCUUACCAGCCAGUGCAUAUAUUAUUGAAGCUUUUAGCCAAUCUGUGAGUAACAGCUGGCAAACAGUUGCUAAUCAUGUAAAGACAACACUCUACACUGUAAGAGGAUUGCGACCAAAUACAAUCUACCUGUUUAUGGUGAGAGCAAUCAACUCACAAGGUCUGAGUGACCCCAGCCCUAUGUCAGAUCCUGUCCGCACACAAGAUAUCAGUCCACCAGCACAAGGAGUGGAUCACAGGCAAGUCCAGAAAGAGCUAGGAGACGUCAUUGUACGGCUGCAUAAUCCUGUUGUGCUGACACCCACUACAGUUCAAGUCACGUGGACAGUUGACCGCCAAUCCCAGUUUAUUCAGGGCUAUCGAGUCAUGUAUCGCCAAACAUCAGGCCUGCCUUCUCCUAUGGCAUGGCAGAAUUUGGAUGUCAAAGUCCCUACUGAGCGCAGUGCUGUCCUAGUCAACUUGAAAAAAGGGGUUACUUAUGAAAUUAAAGUUCGACCCUAUUUCAAUGAAUUCCAAGGAAUGGAUAGUGAAUCGAAGUCUGCCCGUACCACUGAAGAAGCUCCAAGUGCCCCGCCACAAUCCGUUACUGUUCUGACAGUUGGAAACCACAACAGCACAAGCAUCAGCAUUUCCUGGGACCCUCCUCCCCCAGAUCACCAAAAUGGAAUCAUCCAGGAGUAUAAGAUCUGGUGCCUCGGUAAUGAGACUCGAUUUCACAUCAACAAAACCGUAGAUGCAGCCAUUCGCUCUGUAGUGAUAGGUGGCUUAUACCCUGGUAUUCAAUAUCGAGUAGAAGUUGCAGCAAGUACUAGUGCAGGUGUUGGAGUAAAAAGUGAACCACAACCCAUAAUAAUUGGAGGUCGCAACGAAGUUGUCAUCACUGAAAAUAACAACAGCAUAACUGAGCAAAUCACAGAUGUUGUCAAGCAGCCUGCCUUUAUAGCUGGCAUUGGUGGGGCAUGCUGGGUAAUUCUGAUGGGUUUCAGCAUCUGGCUGUAUUGGCGAAGAAAGAAGAGGAAGGGGCUGAGCAAUUAUGCUGUUCAGUCCUUCACCUUCACCCCUGCAGAUACAGAGAUGCUCCACAGGUUUGCACAUGACACAAAGAAGGGGAGCUGGCACAAAACAGUCACUUUUCAAAGAGGAGAUGGAGGACUAAUGAGCAAUGGAAGUCGACCAGGUCUGUUGAAUGCAAGUGACCCAAGUUAUCCUUGGCUUGCAGACUCUUGGCCUGCCACCAGUCUGCCAGUAAACAACAGCACUAGCGGACCCAAUGAGCUUGGGAAUUUUGGUCGUGGAGAUGUGCUGCCACCAGUGCCAGGCCAAGGGGAUAAAACUGCCACUAUGCUUUCUGAUGGAGCCAUUUACAGCAGCAUAGACUUCACCACCAAAACUAGUUACAACAGUUCCAGCCAAAUCACACAAGCUACACCAUAUGCCACUACACAGAUUCUUCAUUCCAACAGCAUCCAUGAGUUGGCAGUCGACUUACCCGAUCCUCAGUGGAAAAGCUCAAUUCAGCAAAAAACUGACCUAAUGGGAUUUGGUUACUCUCUGCCGGACCAAAGCAAAGGCAAUAACGCCUUACUUUACAUCCCUGACUACCGAUUGGCUGAGGGAUUGUCUAAUAGAAUGCCACACAACCAGUCACAGGAUUUCAGCACCACCAGCUCUCACAACAGCUCAGAAAGAAGUGGCAGCCUUUCAGGUGGAAAAGGAGGAAAAAAGAAGAAAAACAAAAAUACUUCCAAGCCCCAGAAAAAUAAUGGGUCUAACUGGGCCAAUGUUCCCCUACCUCCUCCUCCGGUGCAGCCACUCCCAGGUACAGAACUAGAGCACUAUGGAGAGGACCAGCAAGAAGCAGGGUAUGACAGUGAUGGUUGGUGUCCUCCUUUACCAGUUCAGACUUACUUACACCAGGGCAUGGAGGAUGAGCUUGAAGAAGAUGAUGACAGAGUCCCUACACCACCUGUCCGAGGGGUGGCCUCUUCACCAGCAAUCUCCUUUGGACAGCAGUCAACUGCAACUCUCACACCUUCCCCACGAGAGGAAAUGCAGCCAAUGCUUCAAGCCCACCUUGAUGAAUUAACCAGAGCCUACCAGUUUGACAUAUCAAAGCAAACAUGGCACAUCCAAAGCAAUAGUCAGCCUCCUCUGGCCCCAGUUCCACCACUUGGAUAUGUAGCUGGAACCCUUAUUUCAGAUUUGGAAACAGACAUUCCAGAUGACGAUGAAGAGGAUAUCGAAGAGGAAGCUAUAGAAAUCACUAGGCCACUAAGAGGUCUAGAGCAUACUCCAGGAUCCAGUAUGGACAAUCUAGACAGCUCCGUGACAGGUUCAAUGGUAAAUGGAUGGGGUUCUGCGUCUGAUGAGGACCGUAACUUUUCUAGUCAUAGAUCUAGUGUAGGUAGCUCCUCAGAUGACUCCAUCUUUACCAGCGGCAGUUUUGCACAAGCACUGGUUGCAGCAGCAGAUAAAGCUGGGUUUAGGCUGGAUGGAACCAGUCUGACAAGAACAGGCAAAGCAUACCCUUCAUCUCAGCGACCUCGACCAAGCAGCCCAUUUUCAACUGACAGUAACACCAGUGCAGCUCUGAAUCAGAGUCAGAGGCCUAGGCCCACUAAAAAACACAAGGCGGGUAGAUUGGACCAACCCCCAUUGCCUCACCGUAGGGAGGGAAUGACAGAUGAUCUUCCUCCACCACCAGAUCCGCCCCCUGGUCAGGGUUUAAGGCAGCAAAUAGGCCCUGGCCAACGUGGAGGCUCGGCAGAGAGGAAAGGAAGCUCUCUUGAGAGGCAGCAUACAUCCAACAUAGAUGAAACAAAGAGCUCAUUGGAUCGUCAAGCUAGAACAUCAUUAGAGUGGCAGCGGCAAACCCAGGACUGGAUAAGCUCCACAGAACGUCAAGAAGAUUUCAGGAAAGCCCAACAUAAACAAGCAUUUGAAUCAGAAGAGUCACUGGUGCCAUAUAGUAAGCCCAGCUUCCCAUCCCCAGGUGGUCACAGCUCUUCAGGAACAGCUUCUUCUAAAGGAUCGACUGGACCUAGAAAAGGCGAAGUCUUGCGAGGAGGUCACCAACGCAAUGCUAGUGACCUUCUUGAUGUAGGAUAUAUGGGAUCAAAUAAUCCAGGACAGUUUACUGGUGAAUUAUAGUAGUUGAGAAGAGACAUCCCAAGCUGCUCUGAAGGACCAUCAGGUCUGAACUCAUGGAAGUGAUGACACUAAACAGUGCAAUGAACAUUUUCUUUAUUUAUGUACUAUUAAAAGAACUGUAAAUGCAAUGUAAAGACACACAGCCACACAUAUCCCACAGAUACUUGUGUUUGUCUCUUUAAUACACCAUCCACCUUAAACUAUUUCUUGUCAGGCGUAUAUAAAAAAGAAAGAAAAAAUUCACCCUCCAGGAUGAAAAAGAUUGCCCUCUGUAUAUAAUUUCUUUUGUUGCAUUGCUAUGCAAGCUCACCUUCUUUUUAGCUAUGUUCAUUUUAUUGUCUGUUCUUAUUGGUCUGUUGUACUAUAUGUGAAUUAAUAGGCUGUGGUGCCAUAUAUUAACUUUUAAUUGUGUAACUUUUAUGUUUAAAGUUUGCACUGCAAUUUUAUUUGGUGAUAAGCACAAAACUCUACUCCUCGUGACAUGAAGAAGAAGACUGAAUGUGUGAAGAGUGUUUAUGUGCUGUAAGCUGUGUUGGAUAAUGCUGGAUGUAAUGGAGUAUGGUAAAUGGUUUUCCAUUGGGAUGUAGAAAUAGGAAGAUGACAGGAAAAACUGAAGUUAGCAAAGAUGUCAGGGACAAUAAAUCUUUUAAUAACAAGCAACAUGGUUGCUUUUACUAUUAAAAAGGGGGGUAUCAAAAAAUGAAAAUGUGAGUUUCAAGAGUGAAUAUCAAAAAAGAGUCUAUAGAGUUGAACUAUGACCUCUGAAUAGAAUGCUAAUCUUUUCAACUCUUAGGAUCAGUUUUUACCUGCCCAAUAUAAUUUAAUAAUGGGGGAGGGGACUUGCUACAAACAAAAGAAAUGAAGGUGUUUCACUAAAGCUGUUUUUAUGUUACAUUUUUUAAAGAAUUACCAUAAUUAAUCUCUCAAAGCCAGCAUGUAAUGCAAAAAUUCCCCCAGGAAAAACAGACAAUGUAAUCUCUGGGAUUACCUAGCAAGUAGUUAAGGAUGCAAUUUAUUAUUGAGACAUAUUCAAGAUGUUUCUGAAAAAUGAAAUACUUUGGAGUAUCUUAGUUCAUCUUUCCAAUACAUGUACAGUACAACAGAGGAUAGCGCUGCACCACUGAAAUUCAUUACAUCGUUAUUUUUAUGCAGUUCUAGAAAUUUUUGUGUUUUAUUAACUGAAGUCCUCAGUAACUGAAGUCAAAUCCACAGAAUUUGUAGUAAAAUUCUUAGUGUUUGAAAAAGAAAGCAAUGGUAAAAUUAUGUUCAGUUUGCAGUUUUCUUUUAAUGCAAUAUGUUUUCAGAAAUUGGAUACAAACAAAAACCUUUGACCUACUUUUAACGCGUGAAUUUAAAUCCUACUAUAAUCACAAAGUAACGCAUGUUUAUACACUUUUUGAAUAAACCAAACUCUGUAAGUGGACAUUAA